GAAGCAAACCAUCAUUCUGUUUGUCCUGAAACUGAAGGUAGUUUGAUUUCUGUGAGAAUAAAACUGGAAGUUUUAACAGUUUGACUUCUGUAAGUGGACAGCUCUCGUUUAAAUGCUCUUCGUAUGUUAGAAACGUGUUGUCGUUUAACGUUAACGUAACGCAAAGAUGCUUCGAAGAACAAGAACAGCGAAAGUGUACAAUGAGACCUCAACAGAUGACGAUUUUGAUGACACGACAGGCAAUCAGAAAGAUGACAGUGAAGAGUUGGAAUGGUUUCCAGAUUUGAAUGAUGGCAAAAUGAAAAAAGGACGCCAGAAGGCUCCAGAUAAAACAGCAGAUGGGAAACCACUAUCUAAAAGGGUGGCUAAACCCAAAGAGACAAAGCCUAAAGCUGAGAGGAAGCCGAGAACCGUGCGUGCCCCUAAAGUGAAGACGGUGAAGUCUAAUAAAGAACAACAACCUGAGGAUACAAAUGGACCGAAGCCCGCCUCACAGCAGCUCAUGAUGGUUAAAGAAGAGAGGUUAUCCAUCAACUUGAACAGUGAGUUCAGUAAUACUGCUGCGGUCCCUGGGGAUAUGCCUGAUGAGGGGCCGUCAUCCAGCCAACAUCCUUUCGGGGUGAAAAAAGAAGAACCAGAAGACUUUACAUUUGAAGAACCUCCUCAGAAGAAGCAGAGGACAGAUGCACAACAGGGAAGACCAAUAAAACUCAAAGUAGGAAAUUCCCGCUUAGAAGACCUACAGAUGAAUUGGGAUCUCAUACAGAUACUUGCUGAGAAGACGGGUGCGGGGCAGUGGGUAUGUGGAAACAUUGUACAGCUGUUGCAGGAAGAGAACACAGUUCCCUUCAUGGUGCGCUACAGAAAAGAGUUGAUUAAUCAUAUGGAUGCUGAUGCUGUUAGAGAUGUUCAACUCGUUCUAGAAGAGCUACGGUCGGUGGCAAAAAAGAGCAGAUCCGUCGCUCAAACACUUAAAAAGGAGGGAGUUCUUACUUCACAGCUGGAGAAUGCUUUACAAAACUGCACAACAGCUGAUGAAAUAGACCAUGUGUAUGCCCCCUACAAAAAGGGCAGUAAGUUAUCUAAGGCCCGGCGAGCUAAGGAGCUUGGACUGGAACCUGCUGCAUUAGCCUUGCUUCAGGCACCCCAGACAUUGGACAUCCAUUCCUGUAUCCAGCCCAAUAAAAAAGGGUUGUCAAACCUGGUUGAGGUGGCCACAGGUGUGCAAGAGAUCCUGGCGGAUAUGAUUUCUAAAGACAAGGAAUCUCUAACCUAUGUCCAGUCACUGUGUGACAGGGCAUCAGUGACCAUUCACUCGGCAGUUUCUAAAACAGCCCUUAAAGAACAGCAGGAGCAGCAGAGCAAUCAGAAGAGUAAACCAAAAGACAUUGCCAAAUUCAGCCUAUACACUGACUUCACCUGCAACGUCCAGCAAAUCCAGCACCAUCAGACGUUAGCCAUUAACCGUGGGGAGAAUCUGAAGAUUCUGACAGUGAAGGUCAACAUCCCCGACUGGGUGAAGAAUGACUUCUGUAGGUGGUGCGUCAACGUCAGGUGGAAGCCACAAGGAUUUGCACGACCGGAACUGAUGGAAAUUUUGAAGAAUGCUGCUGAAGAUUCCUACAAGAGGCUCAUUCUGCCUUUUCUCAGCCGAGGCUACAGGACUAAAAUAACCGCUAGUGCAGAAAAGGAAUCCAUAGCCAUGUUUGUUCGCAAUCUACGUCAGCGUCUUCUGAUGUGUCCUGUGCGGGGCAAGGUCAUCAUGGCAGUGGAUCCAGGAUUUCACCAUGGCUGCAAACUGGCUGUUCUUUCCCCCACCAGUCACAUACUGCACACAGAUGUGGUUUACCUGCAUGGCUCAGCUAGAAGAAGAGAGGCAGAAAAACUGCGCCAUCUGAUGCUUAAACAUAGCUGUCAAACCGUUGUUAUAGGAAAUGGCAAAGCAUGCAGAGAAACUGAAGCCUUCUUUACAGAAUUAAUUAAACAGCGCUUCUUCCACCAACUCGAUGUUUCAUACUGCAUAACAGAUGAAGCAGGAGCGUCCAUCUAUAGCGUGAGUCCCGAGGCUGUGAAAGAGAUGCCUGACCUGGAUCCCAACUUAAGGAGUGCAGUGUCCAUCGGGAGGCGUGUUCAGGACCCUUUAGCAGAGCUCAUUAAGAUUGACCCCAAACACAUUGGGAUUGGCACCUAUCAGCACGACGUGUCGCAGAGUUUGCUGAGGGCAGCGCUGGACGGGGUGGUGCAGGAGUGUGUGAGCUUCGUGGGAGUGGACAUCAACAUCUGUUCAGAGACGCUGAUGAGACAUGUCGCAGGCCUGAAUGCAGGACGAGCUCGCAGCAUCAUGGAGUGGAGAGAAAAGAACGGACCUUUUCUCAACCGAGAGCAGCUCAAAUUGGUGAAAGGCCUGGGCCCUAAGAGCUUUCAGCAGUGUGCUGGCUUCAUACGGGUCCACCCCGAGACGGUGCUAAGUUACAGCACUGGAGGGAACAAAGAACUUGAUGUUCCUCAGAAUCAGACUGCUGGGAAAAGAAAAGUCAAAGCCUCUGGUACCAUCUCCAACCAGUUUAACCCGCUGGACCAAACCUGCAUCCACCCAGAAUCCUACAGCAUCGCCCUGAGGUUCUUGUCUCAGAUCGAGAGCAGUUUGGAUAUGAUGGGCAGUGAUUCUCUUGGGCACAAUGUGAAGAACAGUGUUAAGAGCAGUGGUCUGGAUGGCUUGGCCAAAUCUUUGAACACCACACCUGAGACUCUUCAGCUUAUCGUGGACGGACUCACUCAGCCUCCAGGUUUUGACAUUCGCCAGGAUUUCGAGCAGGCAGAUUUCAAGAAAGAAAUCGUGUCUAUGGAUGACCUGUAUGAGGGGAUGGUUCUCACUGGGCGCGUAACGAACGCUGCGUUAUUUGGAGCCUUCGUGGACAUCGGAGUUGGUCGUAGCGGGCUGAUCCCAAAGCGCUUUAUCACUACUGAUAAACUUCCAAAUGACAAAAAAAGACGCAGCCUAGCUCUCGGUCCAGGCGAACGGGUGGAGGUGAUGGUCAAACAUGUUGAUCUCCAGAGGAAUCGGAUCAGUCUGGACCUCAUAAGAGUUCUCAGAUAAACUGAUUGAUCAGAGGAAUACAUAAUGAAAACGUGUUGUAAUGAGACCAUUUAUAAAACAUUUUGUAUUUGUUUAUUGGAAUGAAACAUUUUCACAUCAAGCUGCUGUGUUGAAUGUGAGGUGAAAUUAACAACUGUUCAAAUGUUUGGAAUGCGUUCUGCACUAUAGCAGAUUCUUACUUGUCAAUGGUUAAUAAUGUAUAUUCUUUGUGAAUAUAUUAUUUUUCACAACUUGCUUCCUUUAUUACAGUAUAAAUAUGCUGCUGUUUUGUUCUCUUGUUUUACUUUAACAUUUGGUGGUGAAUGAGAAAGAAAUGUCAUGAGUUGUCAUGAAAUGUCAUGAUUCAUUAAAGAUGACAAGAUCAUAUUAAUGUCUAAUAUAUA